AUGCGAUACGGUAUUACUAUCUUCACAAAAUUAUUUAAUAAAUUAAAAUCGACUCAAGGCUUGACUGAAGCAAAUAGACAUCAUUUAUGGAAUACAAGACGUGGUGUACGAGAUCAAUUUAUGCCCAUAUUAAUGCCAGUUUAUGAUCGACCAAAUUAUUUGCAAAGAGUUUUAGACGGUUUAACUAAAGUUGAUGGAAUAAACGAGACGGUGGUUAUCGUUUCUCAAGAUGGUGCACAAUCAUCGGUAACAUCUGUAUUAUUAUCUAUGUCGCCACAUAUUCGCAUGCUCAUCCUUCCACAUACACCUCCAUAUUUUUCUCUACCACGCUACGUUGAUAAUAAUGAAUAUGCUACAUCUGCUAAUGUUAAAUUUUUACUAGAAUUCGCAUUUGAAUAUAUGCUGGCUGAUGGAGCAAUUGUUCUUGAAUCAGAUCUCAUACCAUCUGUCGAUUUCUAUCGUUAUCAUCAAUGGACGUAUCAAAAUCUAUUAGCUGUUAAUAACUCGAAAAUUCUUUCUGUUCAUUCGUUCAAUAUCCAUUCAACUAAUUCAUCCGAUCCAUAUACAUUAUUUUCGCGAGGAUUCGAUUCUUGGGGUUGGUCAACAGCAAGAACAAGAUGGCUUUGGCUAAAAACUCAAUGGACAAAAUACAAUAGUUGGGAUAGUAUAGUAAGUCGAACAGCUAAACGUGAUGGAUGGUUAUGCAUGUUACCAAAACUAAGUCGAACAAGAAUGAUUGGUUUGAAAGGAAUUAAUGUGAAUGUUCGUAAAGAAUCCGAAAAGAGACAAUUCGAAGAAAAAAUGUAUAUGAGUGAUAAAAGAAUAGAAUAUAAUGGUAAAAGACCGAUCAUUGUAUGA